GGGUUUGGUAUUCUCUGUUCCAAAACAGAGAAACCUCAGUUAAGGGUUUUGUAAGGGUUUACUGAAAUUCUAAUUUCAGCAAAUAUCCAGAGACGUCUCAAAAGUUGCACCAUGAGAAAAAAUCCAAUUUCACUUCUCUUAAACCUCUCUCGUCAGGGACCCAAAUCUUUUUCCCCUCUGAUUUACAGAAACUACGCUUCCCCUUCCUCUUCCUCUUCCUCUUCCGCACCACUGGACUCACCCGCACUUUCCAGGCUCUGGACCCGUGCCCAUGGCUUACUAUUGAAGGUCAAUAAGACUACACCAAAGCGAUUUCAAAAGACGGAGUCCUUUGUUGAUAAAGCAACCCAAUUGCUGUUAAGGCAGAGAAAACUGAAGGAAAAAUGUGAGCUUGAAGAGGCUUUUGAGUCUGCAAAGACCAAGGAGGAAAUGCUCAACGCUUUUAAGAAGAUGGAGUCUGCUUUUGAUGAGAGAGAGCUUGCACCGGCUUGCUUGAGAAUUGGCCUCAAACUUAAAGAAGACGGUGAGGACCCUAAACAGAUUAUAUCUUUUGCAAAUAGAGCUUUGAGAGGUUUUGAUAAGGAUGAUGAACCUGCUUUUUUACUUAUUGCCUGGACUUUGCACUUGUUGGGUUCUGCUAAAUAUGACUUGGGGGGUGAGCUUGCGUUUGCUGAUGGAUUGCAGUACAUUGAUAGGGCAGAUAGGAUAUUGGGUAGGUUAGAGAAAGAGGGAUGUAGUGAUGAGGAUUUUAGGCCACUGCUUUACGCCGUGCAGUUUGAGUCGGCGAAUUUGAAGGUUGGACUUGGAUGGUGGCAGGAGGUCAUUGCUCAUCUUAGGAAGUGUUUGGACAUCAAGGAGGUGAUUUCGGAGAAGGACGGUCUGGGGUUGGGUAAAGCAAACCGGUAUUUGGCCGAAUGCUAUGUUGCACAAUUAUACUUUAAGGAGGCGUUGCCGCAUUGUAUGAAGGCAUUGGAGAUACAUGAGAAGCAGUUGGGACAAAAUUCGGUGGAGGUUGCAAGUGAUAGGAGGCUUCUUGGGGUUAUCUACACUGGGUUAGAGGAGCAUGAGAAGGCAUUGGAGCAGAAUGAGUUAUUGCGAAAGGUUUUAAAGAAUUUGGGUCUUAUUUCGGAUUUGCUCCUAGCAGAAAUUGAUGCUGCAGAUAUGCAGAUUGCGGUGGGGAAGUACGAAACCGCUAUUAAUACUUUGGAAGGAGUUGUUCAGCUGCCGGAUAGUAAGACUCGGGUGUUAUGUAAUCAGGGAAUGUUUGAAGACUCAAAAAGGUUUCUGGAGAUUGAUGAGGAUAGUAAGACUCGGGCGUUUAUCUCAAUGGGAAAAGCAUUUUGUAAUCAGGGGAAGUUUGCAGACUCAAAAAGGUGUCUGGAGAUUGCUUUGGGAAUUCUUGAGAAGAAAAGGUACGAGAAGCAUACGUUCAUUGUCGAUGAACCGGAACAGGAUGCAUACUCGGAGAUAGCGAUGCAGUACAAAACUAUGAAUGAGCUUGAAACUGCAACCUCUUUGCUAAAGAAAUCUAAAUGCUAUUAUGAGAGGGAAGGUGCUUGGGACAGGCUUUGGGGAGGAAAUCUUGCAAGACACGGGUGGUUUCGUUUUUUGAUAGGUGAUGCGAAAAAUGCUGUUUAUUUCUUUGAUCAAUCUCUGAGCUAUUUUUAUCGUAGGUUUGGCCAGAAUCAUUAUGUAGUUGGGUAUAUCUACAACUAUUUAGGGGUAGGGUACUGGGAGAGAGAUGGACCUGAGGCAGCAGUUAUGAAGUUUGUAGAAGCAAAGGACAUCCUGAAUGCAUAUCUUGGUCCUUAUCAUCCAGAUUCAAUUGAGGCAUCUCAGAACCUUUCAAAAGCUUAUGGUGCCAUCGGAAGAUAUGCUCUAGCAAUUGAAUUCCAGCUGCGAGUGAUUGAUGCUUGGGAAAUCCAUUGCCCUGAACUCCGAGAAGCCCGCCAACUGCUUGUAGAGCUGAAGAAAAAAGCUGAUGGUGCAUCAUUGGGGGAGCUGAAGAAAGAAGCUGAUGGUGCAAAGCUUCCCGUAAAGGCCUAGCUAUGACUCCCAAGUUUUCCUUUAAACUGAGUUAGCGAAAAUUCUUCUAACUCAACUUAUUAAGUUAAUAUUUGUUCUUAAAAAUAUAUGAUUCUUAUGUGCAUUUGUAAUAGAGCAUGUGAUUCUCAAAUGUAUUUUUUAAAAAUGCAUAUGAGAAUCACAUGCCCAGAUGCCCUCAAUACAUAUAUCAAUUUAAUAAACUGAAUUGGAAUAAAACUUGGUAUCUUCAAGGAGGACUCAACCAUAUGCAAACGUCUCUUCAAAAAGGACUCAUAUUCUUGGCGGUCAAAAGCAAUCCAAAACGUUAGUCCAAAUUUUGAGAAUUCCUAUAUAAACUGAUUUACUGCAUAUUCUAUCACAUUGCUGCUCGCUUGGUUUUUCUUUUUGAGCAUUAUCUCUAUAGUGUUUAGGGCCAUCUUUUUCUCCUUUGAUUUAUUGAGAGUAUGUAUGUAGCCCGUCAUUGUAAGCCAAUGCCUUAUGAUUUUGAUUC